CCCUGUGGCACUCAUUAAUAGGAGGAUAGCAGAGAAGCUAUAACUCCAAAAGAGAAAGACAAAACGUUUCAUUCUCCUCUUGUAGACCCCUCAGACCUAACAACAAUGAUCAACUGGGGUUUUUACCUCUGCUGCUGCAUGUUUGUGUGUGCUCUUCUCCAUGUUCCUGCGACUUCCAUCUCUCACAUAUCCACCAAGGAACAGCUCUCAAGUGAUGUUCAAGAUCAGGAACACAUGGACGGUGAUUCCCUGUUUCUUCAGUUAAGUCUGCCUUCAUAUUUACAGCCAGUUCGCCCUUACACUGUAGUGACCACUGCAGAAGACCUUACCUACAUGCCCAAACCCAGGCAUUAUCGCCCGGCACAUCUACUUCGUGUUCUUGGAUCAUCUUUUGACCCAUUCUGGAUGUCGAUUGAUCAGCCGUCUGAAGGCUCUGAUGUGUGCACAGACAAAGGCAACUGUGAUGCUGUGUCAAGAGGCGACUCCCUGCCUGUCAAAAUGAACUUAACCACUUCCAGACAGGAGGUCACCUUGAGAGCUUCUGCAGUGCUGAGGGAGGCUGGAGAAAACCAAAGACGGGGGUUGGAGAGGGAAGCUGCAGAUGUGGACCUCAGUUUUCUGCCUCCAGAUAUUGCAAGAUCAGUCCAAGCCUGGUUGGUGCAGUCAGCCACAUGUGGAUUGCGUUCCCAGUGGGUGGAUCUGGGCCCAGCGUUCUGGCCACGUUGGCUGCGGCAGACCGACUGUGACAAGUCAGACAGAGUGCAAAGUUGCUCCUUUCCCAGUGGCAUGGCGUGCGUGAGAGCUCAAACAACACAUGUUAAGAUUCUGGCUUGGCAUUGCCUGAAAGUAAGAGAUAAUGAAUCUAAGCAGACCAAGAGUGACAUGUCUGAUAUCAGCAUGUUGAUGGGUAUUACUGAAGAAAUGAGAAAAUGUUUAUGGAGGCCAGUGCCUUAUCCUGUAGUCACAGCUUGCACAUGUAAAUGCAAAUGA